CCGACAACAGACGCGCGUCUUUUUUAUCCGCCAAUUUAUGCUGAAUUUACGGCAUUUCAUAGGCCCCAAAACGUGAAAAACUAUAACCAACUAAAAUAAGCACACGUUUUUUUCCGGAAUACACCAUGGAUCGACGAUUGAGACGCCCGCGUCGCACGGACGAAGUGUCCGGCGGUCCACUUUUGCCACAAUCCGCGCAGCCCAGCCUUUUGCCGGUGACCCGGCGGGCGGGAUCCAUUUCGGCCGCCGCUGCCACCGGUCCCGUCACCCGGACACGUGCCUCCCCGUCGCGCAACAAGGUCACGGCACCGCCCUCGCCCGAACUCGGUCCCCGCACCCGCCGAUCCAGCCGACCCAGGUCAUCGGUGGGCCCGCUGACCGGAUCAGGUUCCUCGCUGCCCAUCAAGGUUGCCAUCAAGCCACGCACGCCCAUUCGAGAGGUCCCAGAGGUACCAUCGCCAGUUCGUCAGUCGACCAGCAGUCUGCCCAUGACGUUAACCACCAACACAUCCAGCGGUGCUCCAAAUAAAUUCUUCAACACAAGCUCUGUGAACAGCGGCAACAAUUUUAGCAGCACCACAACCAGCAGCACCACCACCACCGAGCGCAUAGAGAUCCGUGCUGAGGGCGAUAGCGAGGUGGACACAGAUUCCAUUCGCAAACGCAUUACCGAGCGACUCCGGCGAUCGGUGUCGAAAACCAUAUCGAAUUUAGCUGGAACACCAGUGACAAACACCGAAGAAGGCAGUCGGUACAGCCGGAGUGUGUCUCGAUCCGUAUACGAUGAUGAGAAGUCUUCAAAGCGUAGUUACUCCACGGGAGAGGAGGAUAUUGAGGAGGAAGACGAGCUGGAGGAGGAGUUCCGUAGCUUCAAUGUCACUCACAAAUCGGCCACACCGGUGGCGGAAACAUCUUGCCGGCAGUUGAAGGCUCCCCGAGAAUUCGGAGGAUGGCUGGGAGCCUUCCUUCUGUUGCUCCUACUGCCCACCGCCGUGUACUAUCUCACCUGGAGCUGUACGGCCCGGAAUGCCUGUCAGUUUAAGCACCUUAAUCUGGGCAUUCUGUUGGAUGUGAACUAUUUGACACGCCAGGUUUUCCAGCCUCGAGUGGUCGGUGCCUUUGCCGCCUAUCAGUCUGUGGUCUUUCUGCUGGUGGCCCUGCUGCCAGGACGAAGGGUUCAUCUCACCCGCGAGACCUACAAUUUUAACGCUCUAACAGUUUCACUUACCCUUUUGAUUGCUGGUGGAAUCGCCGAAUAUCUAAAGUAUCCGGUGGUGACAUUCGUUCUGCGUCACUAUCUACGUUUCUGCAUUUUUGGACUUGUCGGAGCCUUUGUGGCAGCUGCCUGGAGUUACUGGCUGGUGGACACCGCCAAGUACAAUGUGCUCCGCCAGACACUGACCAAUGAUUAUGGCAGGACUGGCAGCUUCGUGGUUGAUUUCGCGUUGGGCAGACAACUGAAUCCCAAGUGGCUGGGGCGCGUGGAUUGGAAGCAGUUCCAGUACCGCCUCUCGCUGGCGACGACUUUGCUGUAUGCCGCCUGCUACAUUUACCAGACUCUCGUGUGGCCCCAGAAGCCACAGCUGGAACAGGAGGGAUAUCUUUACCUGGCUAAAUACUACUGGAAUAAUGUGAACUAUGAUGCGGGCACCCUGCUCUCGGCCAGCUGUUUGCUAUUCUACGUUCUGGACGCCAUCAUUUUCGAGCACCAUUUGAGCUCGUCGUUUGAGUUGCAACACGAAGGCUAUGGAUGUUUGUUGCUCCUGCGCUAUGCAGCCACUCCUUAUCUGCUGACGGCGGUUACCAAGUAUUUCUACGAACAGCGCGUUCCCAUCUCCUGCUGGUAUGCCCCGCUGGGAGUGGCUGCUCUGCUAUCCCUGGGAUUGCUGGUGAAGCGUUUCAGCUGCGCCUACAAGUACAAAUACCGGGUGAACGCGCAGAGUCCGAUCUUCGCCAACAUCGAGACGAUUCACACGUAUCAGGGAAGCCGUCUGCUGCUCAGCGGGAUGUGGGGAUGGGUCAGACAGCCGAAUUACCUGGGUGACAUCUUGGCCUUGCUUGCCUUGGCUGCUCCUAUGGCUCUGCGUCCUGCCUGGCCCCCAGUUUUGGGUCUCAGUUUGAUCAUCCUGCUGCUGCUGCAUCGCGCCACCCGAGCGAACGCAAGGAAUCAGGCGCGCUAUCACUCCUCAUGGCAUCGCUAUAGCACCCAGGUGCGCAGCUACGUCCUGCCACGGAUUUACUAAGGACUUAACUGUCGCAUUAGUUGACUUUUUAUUUUUUUGUUUCCAUUUUUAUUUCAGUUUAUUUUUUAUGUUUCAAAUUUGUAUAUAUGAAUACGUAUCCAUAUUGUUCUAGACCAUCAAAUAUGCCCCCCGCCCCCAUUGAUUUUAGUACAAAAUUUGAUUUUACUUUCGCCGACGAACAUUUAACAACACAAAACUUCACACACAUAAGCUUAGUUAAAAAGACUCCCAACACAUCUAGCUGUACGAAUUUAAACGCUUAAGAUCUAGACACCUUAAAUAUUCAUUACUUAUAAAUCUAUAUGGUAUGCAUAUAGGAAGUACUUUUUACACUUAAAUAUGAAAUAAAAACUUAGUUUCUAUGCUAUAAAGAAACGCACAACAA